CUUCCGCAUGGCUAGUCGCAUGGCCGCGCACUGAAGACCGGAAGGGUGGACCUGCAGGAUUGCCUCCUGGGGAUGUCAUGGCUGAAAACACAGACAGAAACCAGAUUGAGAAGCUCCUCAGUAGAGUAAAGGAACUGGAACAGGAGGUGGAAAGACUUAAGAAAGAACAGGCCAACAAUACCAAAGACUCAAGCCUCAGAGAAAAUGCUUUAGGCUCUGGAAAAGCUAAGCGUGCUUUUGAUUUCAGUGCUCAUGGCCGUAGACAUGUAGCUCUAAAAAUAGCCUAUCUAGGCUGGGGAUACCAGGGAUUUGCCAGUCAGGAAAACACAAGCAAUACCAUUGAAGAGAAACUGUUUGAGGCUUUAACUAAGACCCGGCUAGUAGAAAGCAGACAGACAUCCAACUAUCACCGGUGUGGUCGAACAGACAAAGGAGUCAGUGCCUUUGGACAGGUGAUUUCUCUGGACCUACGUUCUCAGUUUCCAAGGAACAGGGUUUCAGAAGAUUCUAGUUUAAAAGAUGAAGCUGAUGAUGUUGCUAAAGAGAUCCGUUAUACUCACAUUCUCAACCGGGUGCUCCCUGCAGACAUCCGAGUAUUGGCCUGGGCCCCUGUAGAACCUAGCUUCAGUGCUAGGUUUUGCUGUCUUGAGCGGACUUACCGCUAUUUUUUUCCUCGUGCUGAUUUAGAUAUUGCAACCAUGAAUUAUGCAGCUCAGAAAUAUGUUGGCACUCAUGAUUUCAGAAACUUGUGUAAAAUGGAUGUAGCCAAUGGAGUGAUUAAUUUUCAGAGGACUAUUCUGUCUGCCCAAGUACAACUAGUGACCCAGAGCCCAGGUGAGGAGAGAAGGCAAGAACCAUUCCAGUUAUGUCAAUUUGAAGUGACUGGCCAGGCAUUCUUGUAUCAUCAAGUUCGGUGUAUGAUGGCUAUCCUCUUCCUGAUUGGCCAAGGAAUGGAGAAGCCUGAGAUUAUUGAUGAAUUGCUGAACAUACAGAAAAAUCCCCAGAAGCCUCAAUAUAGCAUGGCUGUUGAAUUUCCUCUAGUCUUGUAUGACUGUAAAUUUGAAAAUGCCAAGUGGAUUUAUGAUCACGAGGUUCAGGAAUUCAAUGUUACCCACCUACAACAGCUAUGGGCUAAUCAUGCUGUUAAAACUCAUAUGCUAUACAGUAUGCUACAAGGACUAGACUCUGUUAUGGUAACAUGUGCAGCAGGAACAAAGAUGGAGGAAGCAACAGAAUGGAGAAACAUUCAACCCUCUGUCAUAAAGCACACUAGUGCCUUUGUAGAAGGAGUGAAGACGCGUACAUAUAAGCCCCUCAUGGAUCGCCCUAAAUGCCAAGGACUGGAAUCCCGGAUCCAGCAUUUUGUACGAAGAGGACGAAUUGAAAACCCACAUUUACUCCAUAAGGAAGAAAAGAAAGCCAAGAGGGACUGUGCUGACAAAGAAGAAAAUACUGUUUUAGAGAAUCCAACAAAGAGGGUUUGUAUAAUAGAUGCAGAAAUUAACACCAUUGUAUAAUCCCAGGAACCUGGUAUCUCUACCAGGAUCCGGGGAGCAACAACCAAUUAAAAUUCUAAUGACUGGCAAAAGGCCUAACAAGUUCUUAAACAGUAAAAGGUAUAUUCUCUAAUCUCUGUCCAAAAGAAUUAUGAAAUGAAAGAAGCAAAAAGCACUUGACAGUUAUGUGCACCUGGAAAUUUAUGCCUUGUGUUCAAAUCCAUUAACGCCUGGUCUACCAAUAUAUUUGUUGUUCUUUUUCAAGGCAUAUGUGAUAACUACUAAUCUGAAAGAUCUUUGCCACAGUGUCUUACUUCCUAAGAAUUCAUCAGUUAAAGAUAGAUGAAUUCUGUGUCAGGCAUGACACUGCCUGGAACCCACUGAGCUCAAGGCUGCAGAGCAUGCUUUAAUCAGGCAGCUAAGUGCAGAGGCUGGCAAACUUGUUUUUACUAAGGGCAGGAGUAAAUACUUCUUAGGUUUUGAAAAAAAUGGUAUAUUGAACUCAUCUUAGGGCCCUUUAGAGUUGUAAAAACAUUUUGGUUCUUGUUGACCAAGUUCUGGAAGGUUCAACUCUGGAGAACUUGAAGACAGAGGAAGGAAAGAAGUUUGAGCCUUGAGGUGCAGAGACACACACCUAUACUCCCAGCCUUUGGGUGGAGACAGAAUCUAGUUCAAAGUUAUCUCUUCACUACACAGUGACUUCAAGGACAGCCUGGGCUAUUAGAAACCCUUUCUCAACAACCACACAUGAAAAAGCUUUGAGUCUAAGGUGGAAUAUACAAGUUGUUUAAAGGGUUGGAAAUUAGCAAAUACUUAGUAUGGCUGGAAAUUGACAAAAGGUUAAUUUAGGUAAGCAGUGUGUCACAUUCAUUAUUUUCUAGAGCCAUGGAGAAGUUUAAAAAAAAUUAUGUAGGAAAAGCAUUGCUAAUAUUUAUAAAUGCUAAUAUUUACUCAAGCAUACACAAUUCUUAACUCAUUGUCCUUUCUAACAAUAAAUACCAUAGCAAAAUAACUUAGGUGUCUACCUUAGUAACUUGUCAAUGCAGUAGUGUUAUGCAGAUUUACUAGACAAAACCCAAGCAUUUUUUAUUUACCAAUCAACAAGUAACUAGUUUGUUCAAGACCCAAAACACAUCAUGUUCUGAAAUUGCUAAAUAAAGGAACAUAUAAACACAAA